CUCGCCGCUAUCGGCAGCUUUCUCUCUCUUGCCUGGGGUUUCUAUCUCUCGCCUGGGUUUUGCUCGUUCUCCGUUUUGAAGAGCAUAUCUCCGUUCACGCACUCCUCGUCAGCCCAGUAUUUCAGGUUAUUGGCGGAAGGAACGGCGCUAUUGCAGCCGCGUUUUAUGCAGUCAUAUCUGAUGUGGUUUCUGACGUCGGCAGGUAAUCAAUUAUGGGCUCCUUCCUCCAUGCUUCUCAGAUGACAACCCCUCACUCUCUAGAGCGUCGGCCUUCUUCCUCUCCUUCGCUGCACUGAUGGGUACUUUCGUUGGACCCGUCGUGUCAUCUUUCUUGAUGCAACGAACUUCGCCAUGGGUACCGCUCAUGCUAACGGCGGCCAUUGCGCUUCUCGGCCUCGGCGUCAUUGCCUUCAUCCCGAAAACAUUGGUUCUGAACAAGAAAGGUGAUGAUAAACAGGAAGAGGAGAGCACGCUAGUGAACACGAACGAUAGCAUCUCCUCCACUAUCAAGAUUCAUCUCUGCAGCUCGUUAUCGCGUCUUUUAGUUAGCUUUUUAAGGAAUGCGGAGGAGGCCUGUGGCUUGUGUGGCUUAGCAAGAUUGCACUUGUAGCGGGGAGGUACCGUGACACUGGUGGCUCGGUGAGAGUUUAUGUAGUGGAAAUGGGUUGAUGUCCUGGUGCCGCUUUGCGGAAUCUAGACGACGACAUGAUCAAUUGCCC